AGGUGCCGGACUACGCUUUCAGUAUGGUGUCGGGGUUGCGGCCUAUCCACCUGGCAGCGAUGCACGGGUGCGACGCCUGCCUGGAGCGGCUGCUGCACCACGGGGAGGACCCAGAGGCAGCCAUGGAGCUGCAGGUGACGGAGAGUGGAAGAUGCACUUUGAGGCCCCUUGACUUGGCAGUGGCUUUCCAGUGCGAGCACUGUGUGGUUUCCUUGCUCCACGUGUCCAAUGCCUCGGAGGUUGUCAUCGACAACAUUACCAGCAUAGCCUCGCUUCCGUCGCUGCGACUUCUGCCGAAUGCCACGCGCGCAGUGCGCUGCCCCAGUUGGAACAACGCUACCAGCGGUGAUCGGCGGGAUGUGUCCUCCUACGAGUUGCUGAAAGGGGUGGCUGAGAGCAAGUCGCGAUUUGCUCAAGCAGAUUAGCCUCCAUGACUUGGAGUCUUCGGGGCUGGCUCUAAAACUUUUGGUCACCCAUCUAGGAGGCCUUUAGUGAUUCGCUGCCCCUUGAAAACCAAACACAGCGUCCAAGAAUUGCAGUCCUGUCUCCAAAGCGAAGCCUGUGACUCGUUGCCUGCAAAGCGGUCUCGAAGAGAUGUCUCACCAUCGUGCCAAUGGCAACA